GGAUCUCGGCUGAGUUUUGGCUGAGGUUCAGGGCUUGGUCUGGGCUGUGGCUCCGGGUUCCGUCUCGGGCGGGGUUCGGUUCGUAAUCGUGGCUGUGGGUUUCCCUUGGCUUUGGUUCUAGGCUCGGCCUGGGUUGUGGUUCGGGUCGUGGUCGUGGCUGUGGAUUUCUCUGGGCUGAAUACCUGUGCGGUGUCCGGGAUUCGUUCAGGCUGAGCCACGGGAACUGAGAAGGUAGACAGAGAACAAGAGAAUUACUGUUCGUUGACUUCAAAUCUGAUUUCGGAAUAUCUAGACAAGGAUUCAUAUGGCAUGGGCUUGGCUGGCGAGUCACUAACAUGGUAGUCGUAUAACAAUCCGGCAUCGAAUGAAAGUCUGAACCAGCUUUUAUUGUCAGCGAGGUGUGAUGGUGAAUCGGAAACAGCUGCUCAGCCCGCACUGCACCCUUGAUGAGAGGAGUGACCUCAGCUGAUGCUGAAACCACUCUGACCUAAUUAGGGGAGAGAGAGUUGGACCAAAGCACAGCACAGACAAGCACAACAUGGCACAAAAGCAAGGCUUGGCCUGGAAAACAACACAAAACCAGGAAAAAGUCCAAAAAACCCAAGCAGGCAGGCCGAGAUCCAUAACAGUAUCUGGCAAACACAUGACAAACAUCUGGCAAACACAUGACAAAUAUCUGACAAACACAUGACAAACAUCUGACAAACACAUGACAAAUAUCUGACAAACACAUGACAAAUAUCUGGCAAAUAUAUGACAAAUAUCUGGCAAACACAUGACAAACAUCUGGCAAACAUAUUACAAAUAUCUGACAAACACAUGACAAAUAUCUGACAAACACAUGACAAAUAUCUGGCAAACAUAUGACAAAUAUCUGACAAACACAUGACAAAUAUCUGGCAAACAUAUGACAAAUAUCUGACAAACACAUGACAAACAUCUGACAAACACAUGACAAAUAUCUGGUAAACAUAUGACAAAUAUCUGGCAAAUAUAUGGCAAACAUCCGGGGAAUAUGUGGUAGUUUCUGGAGAUGUUUUAUUGUUUUCUAUUGUCUGAAUGUUUCACUGGAAAAUCUGUAAACUUGCUGCUCAUAAAGUCACAGCAAUGCUUCAUUUAAGGACCUGCAGGUGAGCCUUGACCUGCCAGGUGAAUGCAGGGGGUGGGGCCUGAUUACAGCAGAUUACCUGACAGGUUUAUGUGGUACACAGGUGGACUUUAGUCUGAUCAACAACAGCAGGAAGACAUGUGAGCCAGGUAACAUCUGCACAACACCAACACUCACAAAGUUUGUACAAACAUGCAAACAUUAUAUAAACAUUUAAACAUGACAUAAACAUGUAAACAUCUAAUCAUCUCUAUACCAUUUAACCCUCAUCAGGGUCAUGGGGGCAGGAGUCUGUCCCAGCUGACUGAAAGUGAAGGCAGGGACACCUGGACAGGUAACAGUCUGUCACAGGUUCACCUGGACAGGUAACAGUCUGUCACAGGGCUACACAUAGACACAAACAAUCACACUGACAUUCACAUCUACCGACAAUUUAGAGUAACCAGUUAACAUGUAAACAUAAAAACACGUGACUGAUGGUUUGUUUGUGUCAUGUUAUAAACUUUCAUCUGAACAAAAUAAUUCUGAUCCUUGGUCCCAGCAGCACAAACAUCCUUCCUGAUCAUCAGCUGCUGUAUUGAUAAAUAGCUGCUGUAUUGAUAAAUAGCUGCUGUAUUGAUUAAUAGCUGCUGUAUUGAUUAUCAGCUGCUGUAUUGAUAAAUAGCUGCUGAAUUGAUAAAUAGCUGCUGCCGUCAUAAUGAGUCAUUUGACAUUUGCAGCUCAAUAAAAGUCCCAUGAAAGAGUCCAGCAGGUCAGUCAGCCGCUCAGAGUUUAUGAAGUAAACAGACGAAGAAGGAACAGCUGAUCUCGACAGGUAAGCUGACAGGUGUCUGUACAAGCAGUGAAGGCUCUCUCUGAUCGUUUCUAUCGAUCGGUAUUGAUCGGUCCUCAGGAUGACUCGCCGGUUGUCGUCUCUGGAGGUUAUCCUCAGCGUCCUGGUGCUGCUCCUCCUCAUCUGCUGUGUCGGCCUGAUAGUCGUCUCGUAUCUCAGCCUGGAGCCUGCAGGUGCUGUGGAGUCGGAGAGGCUGAGGGGGCGGAUGGUGAUCAAACAGGGAGCUGAGUUCUCUGAAGAGCUGAAGAACUCCAGCAGUCUGCUCUUCAAGUCUCUGGCCUUCGACGUCCAGCAGCUGGUGUCUGAGGCGUUCAGUCUCAGUGAGCUCAAACAGUCGUUCAGGUCCUGUCAGGUUCAACGCUUCAGUCGAGGCAGCGUGGCGGUGACCUUUGACCUCUGGUUCGAUCAGCUGAUCGAGGCCAAGGAGGCGGAGCAGCAGCUGGAGGCGGGGCUUCAGGAGGCCGACAGCAGGGGAUUGGUCAUCGACAGGAACAGUAUCCACAUCACAGAGAACACUGAGGAGACCACACCUGCAGCGACCAUCACCACACCUGCAGUGACCAUCACCACACCUGCAGCGAACAUCACCACACCUGCAGCGACCAUCACCACACCUGCAGCGAACAUCACCACACCUGCAGCGAACAUCACCACACCUACAGCAGUCACCUGUUCUUCUGAUGAGACACUGUGUGCUGAUUGGUCGACGUGCGUGGCGACCGAUCGGUUGUGUGACGGAGUCGACGACUGCCCUGACACUUCCGAUGAAGCUGUUGCUCGCUGCGCAACCACGUGUGACGGACAGUUUGUGCUCAGAGGACCAAAUGGAUCGUUCAGUGUGAUGGAGUCUGACAAGAAGAACAUCAGCACCUUCUGCCGCUGGAUCAUCAGGGUCGACACAGGGCUGUCCAUUCGCCUUGAAUUCCUUCAGUUUGAAACUGAAGAACGGAUUGACACUCUCAAGUUGUUCGAAGGCGUUGGACCAGACAAAGUGCUCACAGCUGAGCUCUCGGGCUUCACCCCCCCUGGGACUGUGUGGCUGCUGACCGAUCAAUCAACUGUCGAGUUUUUCUCUGAUGACAUCGUCACUCUGCCAGGGUUUAAGGCGACCUACAGCGCCACCAACCUGUCCAGCCUGUCCGACCAGGAAAAGCUCAGCUGCAGCUUUGAGGAUGGCAUGUGUUUCUGGAGGCAGCUGCAAGACCAGGACUCUGACUGGAUCCGAAUCCGCGGCUCCACGAUGCCCCCGAACACUGGCCCCAACGGGGACCACACACUGGAGAACGGUUCAGGUGAUUUCUACAUCGUCACUCCUCUGAUCCUCAGCCAACAGCCGACGACCUUCAGGAUCCACAGCCUCCCUCUGACGCCAUCCACACAGCCCAUGUGUCUGAGCUUCUGGUACCACAUGUUUGGACAGGACGUCCACCGUCUCAGAGUCCUGCUGUUGCCGUUGCCAUGGCAACCCGAAUCUGCCGCCACCGUGCUCUUCCAGAAGGAUGGUAACUAUGGCAACUCCUGGAACUACGGCCAGGUGACCAUCAAUCUGACGUCAGAGGCCACGGUGACCUUUGAAGCACAGAAGAAAGAAGGCGUCUUCAAUGACAUCGCUCUGGAUGACAUCAUGCUGACAUCUGCUCGUGGCCCCGCCCCCCCUGAACCAACAAAUGUACCACCUCCGAUGACCCCGCCCCCCAUACCAGCUGACUGUGGAGGACCGUUCAACCUCUGGGAGCCAAACUCCACUUUCAGCUCCCCAAACUACCCACAAUCCUACGGGGAAUCAAGCAGAGUGUGUGGGACCCUUCAUGCAGCGGAGGGCCACAACCUUCAGCUCCACUUCCUGGACUUUGAUGUAGAAGCGACCUAUGAUGUGGUGGAGGUGCGGGAUGGGGCGGGGCCUAAUUCCACCUUACUGGCUGUUCUCACCGGUAGUGAUGGCCCCGCCCACGACCUGUUCUCAACAACCAAUCAGAUUACAGUACGGUUCUUUACGGAUGAGUCGGGUUCACGGGGCUUCAAAGCCAACUUCACCACCGGGGUCAACCUGGGGGUACCAGCUCCGUGUGCAGGUGGUCAGUUCCAGUGUCAGACAGGAAGCUGUAUCCAUGGUAACAGUCUGUGUGACGGCGUGGUCGACUGUCCUGACGCAUCUGAUGAAGCCGACUGUAUCAUGCUGCAGGUGAAUGGUUCCAAUCGGCUCCAGUUUCAGCUCAACUCGUCUCUGUUCACCGUGUGUGGCGAUACUUGGAGCUCACACCUGUCCAACUUCACCUGUCAGUACCUGGGAUACAGGACCGGGGAAACCUCUCUGCUGCCGGCUCUGCCUCAGGAUUCCCCGUUUGUAACCAUCACAGUCACCAGUAACGGAACACUGGAAACCAGCAUCAGUGGGACCUGCAGCAGGGACCAGGUGGUCUCUCUGAGCUGUAACAACCAACCCUGUGGAGUCCGUCUGGCCUCGAAUGUCAGGAGUGAGUCGGACCAAUCAGAGGACAGGAUACCUGGUCAAGGUCGAGUGGUGGGCGGGGCUAACGCUACGGAGGGGGCGUGGCCGUGGAUCGUGUCUCUGCAGUGGCGGGGCCAUCAUCGCUGUGGAGCCUCUCUGAUUGGCCGGGAUUGGCUGCUGACUGCUGCACACUGCGUCUACGGGAGAAACAUCCACCUGCAGUCGUGGGAGGCUGUGUUCGGACUCCACUCUCAGAUCCACAGCGACUCUGACGCACGUUCAGACCGACGAGUCGAUCGCGUGAUCUUCCACAGAUACGACAGGAUGACCAAGCAGGCCGACAUCGCCAUGAUCCACCUGCAGCAGCCAAUCAGCUUUACCCAGUCAGUAUCAAUCAACCAAUCAGCAAUGCCCUACUGUAGGACUCAAACACUUGAGAAUAAACACCUGCCUGUGUUGUGUGUGUGUGUGUGUGUGUGUGUUUCAGAUUGGGUCCAGCCGGUGUGUUUAGCAGCUGAAGGUCAGAGUUUCACAGCAGGAAGAAAAUGUUUUAUUGCUGGAUGGGGACGACAAACUGAAGGACGUCCAACCCCAGACAUUCUCCAGGAGGCCCAGGUUCCUCUGGUGGAUCAGGUCCAGUGCCAGCAGCAGCUACCUGACUACUCCAUCACCUCCAGCAUGCUGUGUGCCGGAUACCCUGAGGGAGGUGUGGACUCCUGUCAGGGCGACUCCGGCGGUCCGCUUGUGACGCUGGACGACGGACGCUGGACUCUGAUUGGUGUGACAUCGUAUGGGACGGGCUGUGGACGUCCACAGAAACCUGGAGUCUACGCCCGGGUCUCAGCCUUCGCCUCCUGGAUCGCCCAGACCAGACGCUCCUCCUCAGACCUUCACUCCUCACCCUGAACUCUUCUUCAGCGACCAAUCAGGAAUCAGAUCAGCAGACAUUGGAUCCAAACUGACAAUAAACUGCUCAAAUGUGUCAAAACUGAUUUAAACGACUGAAAAAAACUCAAUAAAAUGUCAAGAAAACA